AGUCUUUCAUUAUAUCAAGAUCUUUUUUUUCCGUAAGUUUUUGGCCUCUGAAGACUUUUCAGCCAUUCUUGCGUUUGAAGAAGUGUGUUUUCUAUCUAUCUUCCUCUGUUUGGUUGCCGAGGAGUUGAACGGUUUUGAUCGUUUCCUUUCGAAAGUUUUAUUUUGUUGUUUGGGUUUGUGGAUUUUAUCUCUCUUUCUCGGCAUCCAAACGGAGGGUUCUUGUUUCCACAGCGUUUAAAGCGUGUUUCUUUUUUCUGGUAGAAGAAUCUGCGAACAGGACUUUGCACGGAACCUGUUUGUUCUCUGGCCUCUGUGUGGUUUUUACCACUGAGCCAUCCCAGUUACUUGGCUCUAGUUGUCCGAAGGGCGAACAUUUUAACAGAGGAUAUGUUUUCCGGGUCGUGUGGGAAUUUGUUGGAGUUGGAGUCAGGGGACAUGUACAAUUUCCCCCAGGCUCCAAAGCUGUUGCCUCGUGUCAUGACGCUUCCAGGAGUUAUUCCUGAAGAAGAAGAUUCAGACUCUUCUAGAGUCGAAAGCCGUGAGAAGAAAAUUAUUGUGGCAAAUCAUCUUCCCCUUAAUGCUGAGAAGGACAGUGAAUCCGGGGAAUGGAGAUUUUCUUACGACGAGGACUCCCUUCUCUUGCAAUUGAAGGAUGCCCUUCCACCAGGUACAGUUGUGGUUUAUGUUGGCUCUCUCAAGGUUGAAAUAGAAGCUAAUGAGCAAGAGCAGGUGUCUCAGAAGCUUCUAGAAAAGUUCAACUGCGUUCCCACGUUUCUUCCUCCCGAUCUUCACCAAAGAUAUUAUCAAGGGUUUUGCAAGCAUUAUCUAUGGCCCCUCUUCCACUAUAUGUUGCCGAUAUUCCAAGAUUAUGAUAGCUGGUUCGACAAAACGCUUUGGCAGUCCUAUCUUACUGUUAACAAGAGAUUUGCAGAUAAAGUGAUGGAGGUUCUCAAUGCUGAAGAUGAUUUUGUGUGGGUCCAUGAUUACCACCUUAUGGUUAUGCCGACUUUCUUGAGAAGGCGGUUCCAUCGUGUGAAGCUCGGGUUUUUCCUACAUAGUCCAUUUCCUUCUUCAGAAAUUUACAAGACACUGCCUGUGAGAGUUGAGAUUUUGAGAGGUCUCCUAAAUGCUGAUCAGAUUGGCUUUCAGACAUUUGAUUAUGCUCGACAUUUCCUCUCUUGCUGCAGACGAAUGCUUGGCCUGACAUUUGAAUCUAAAAGAGGCCACAUCGGUCUUGAAUAUCUUGGCCGAACAAUCUAUGUCAGGAUUUUACCUGUGGGUAUCCAUAUGGGUAGGCUGGAAUACACCUUAAACCACCCGUCUUCUGCUGCAAAGGCGAAAGAAAUCAAAGAACAAUAUGCAGGGAAAACGGUGAUUCUUGGGCUCGAUGACAUGGAUAUAUUCAAAGGCAUCAGCUUGAAAUUGUUGGCCAUAGAGCAACUUCUGCAGCAUGGUGAACGUUGGUGUGGAAAUCUAGUGUUGAUUCAAAUCAUAAAUCCGGAAAGGAGCCCGGGACGAGACAUCAACGAAGCAAAGAGAGAGAUUUACGAAGUGGUGGAAAGGAUAAACCAUAAGUUUGGAUCCCCCGGAUAUGUUCCUGUGGUGCUUAUUAAUCGGCUUUUGCCUCGCCAUGAGAAGACCGCCUAUUAUGCUGUCGCAGAAUGUUGCAUCGUGAAUGCGGUUCGAGAUGGAAUGAACUUGGUUCCUUACAAGUACGUGGUUUGCAGGCAAGGGAGUUCGAAAAUGGACGAAGCCCUUGAAAUCUCACCUGAGUCCCCUCAUACGAGUACACUUGUCAUCUCAGAGUUCAUCGGAUGCUCUCCUUCUCUGAGUGGCGCGAUUAGGGUUAAUCCAUGGGACAUUACCGGUGUAGCGGAUUCAUUAGCCAAAGCCUUGACAAUGACAGAGACUGAGAAGCAAUUACGCCACGAGAAGCACUACAAGUACGUUAGUUCUCAUGAUGUUUCGUAUUGGGCAAAGAGAUUUCUUCAGGACUUGGAACGAGCGUGCAAGGAGCAUUACAUCAACCGCUGUUGGGGCCUCGGGUUCGGUAUCACAUUCCGUGUCUUGUCUCUUCCUCCGAAUUUCAGGAAACUGUCCAUUGAUCAUAUAGCCCCGGUGUAUGAGAGAACAAGCAGGAGGGCCAUUUUUCUUGAUUAUGAUGGGACUGUGGUAUCAGAUUCAUCCAUAAUCAAGUCUCCUGGAGAUAAAGUGACCACCAUUCUCAACGAUCUAUGCAAUGAUCCGAGGAACACCGUGUUCAUAGUCAGCGGCCGAGAUCGUGAUACUUUGAGUGGUUGGUUUUCGGGUUGUGGAAAGCUCGGUAUAGCAGCAGAGCAUGGCUACUUCAUAAGGUGGUAUAGGAACUCCGGGUGGGAAACAUGCUGUUCGGAUUUAGAUUUCGAUUGGAAAGGUAUCGCUCUACCAGUCAUGACUUCAUACACGGAGGCAACUGAUGGUUCUUACAUAGAAUCCAAGGAAACAGCCUUAGUGUGGCAGCACAAAGAUGCAGAUCCGGAUUUCGGAUGUUGCCAAGCUAAAGAACUUCAAGAUCAUCUCGAGAGUGUCCUUGCGAACGAACCAGUUGUUGUCACCAGUGGCAAUCACAUUGUCGAAGUGAAGCCUCAGGGAGUUACAAAGGGAGAAACAGCGAAGAAGAUCCUAUCCAAAUUGAUCGAAGACGGGAAACCUCUGGACUUUGUGUUGUGCGUUGGAGAUGAUAGAUCGGAUGAGGAUAUGUUCGGUGCCAUAUCGGAUAUGCAGCAUUCUUCUGCGCCGGAGAUCUUCGCCUGCACGGUGGGCCAAAAGCCGAGCAAAGCAAAGUACUAUCUGGACGACAGUGAAAAGGUUUUGGAGUUGCUGAAGGGGUUAGGGACAAAAGAGACAGAGCAAGGAAUGCAGAAUUCAGAUUAGGGGUCCUCGUUAGAUUCAUUUGGUCUCAUGGAAAUUCUUUGCACAUACAAAAGAGAGCACUUGAUUUUUGGACAGGGCUGGUGACCGCAACAGCUAAGCAACUGAAGCUUUAUUUUUGGAUUGUUUUUUUUUUAGUUUAGUUUUUCAUGUUUUAUUCUUCAAAAUCUUUUAACUGAUUCAUUGUGUUUAGGUUGUAAAUAUUUGAUAUUUCUGGGGCUUUUAGGAGAGAGCGUCUAA